AUUAGAAAAAGAUAAUAGACAUGAGUUUACUUUAGCCUAUACCAAAGUUAUUUUAAAAGUUUUAUUAGAUCAUAAUUCUACAAUAAAAGAAGAAUACUAUAUUAAAGAACUUAAGGCUAAAAUUGAUUUGAAUACAGAAUUUUAA